AUGGCUGAACUCGGGAAAAACCUUAGCGUACUGCUGGAAAAUGCAACAAAGAACCUCUCGUCAACGGUCAAUGAGGCCAUCCAGAACAAGAAUGUGAAACUGCCCUCGGGAUUGAACGCCUUUCUCUCCAAUGGCCACGCGCAAAAUCUAGAGCUCACAUCCUCGCAAGUUAUCGAAGGGCUCAAUUCUUCAUCAGACAAGGAAAUCCAAACAUCCCUCAAGUACCUGGUGCGAUUGAUGACCACUAAACCGAACUCAGAACCUGAACUGCUGCAAUACUUCCCCCACGUCAUCAAAAAUAUCACCUCCAACAAUCUCAGGACCAAACGCCUGGUCUAUAUGAUCCUUUUGCGAUAUAACCAUAUGCAACAGGACAUUGCUCUACUUUCAAUAAAUGCUAUCCAAAAAUCGCUUACAGACAAAAACUGCAUCAACAGAGCUCUAGCUAUCAGGACGCUGAGCGGAAUCCGUAUCCCGGCAAUCCUGCCGAUCUUGGUCUUGUCGAUAAAACGGACGAUUUCUGAUUCAUCGCCUCUUGUGCGCUCCGCUACUGCCGUGGCUAUUACCAAAUGCUUUCUGCUAGAUUCCGGCUUCAACAGACACCGCGAUGUGACUUCUGCCCUGAAAGACGAAUCAAGCAUCCCAGCACAACUGUACAAUUUCCUGGCAGUUCUUUUGAGCGACACCGAUCCGAGAGUACUAAGUUCUGCGCUCAAUUGCUUCUACACCAUCUUCCCUGGAUAUAUGGAUUUAAUUCAUCCGAGAUUCACUCAUUUGGUGUCCAAGCUCACAGAGCUUGAAGAUUACUCGAAAGUCAUCUUGAUUGAUCUAGCCACAGAUUACGCCCGCCUGUACCUUCCCAAGCCGAUGGAGGAUGGUAUUGCAGUGGAACUGGCUCUUUUGGACUCCAAACUGCGCUCGCUCAUUUACUCUUCCUCUGCAAACGUCGUGCUUAGCCUAGUGCGCUUUUAUAUCAACGUGCUGCCGUUCAAGUUAGACGAAAUUCCACUGGCAAAAACGCUUGUCAAAUUUUUGGGUGACGACGAGGUGACUGUCUACGUGCUCAACGAGAUCGUGUAUUUGCUUGACCGGAAGCUGGUGAGUUUUUCAAACUCGCAGCUGUCAUACUUUGUGCCUCUUCCGAAUGAGCUACCUAAGAUCAGUGGAUUGAAAGUAUGCAUUUUGGUCAAGCUUCUCAGUGCGCAGAAUUUCGAUCAGAUUUUCGCAGAAUUGGUUUUCCUGCUAAACACGGCCUCCACACAGCUCAAACUAGCGGUAGUAAGGCUGCUCAAUCAUUACCACGGCACGCCAGAACAAACAGCCAGGAUCGGCCAGUUGUUCCUCUCGAGACUUGACUCCGAGACUGAAGAGCCUCUGGUCGCAGAGUAUGUGACAGGACUGCGGAUUAUGGUGCAAAAUGACCUCUUUGGAAACAUCGACGUGCUUACAAAGCUCACAGGAAAGCUGAUCAAUGAGAGCGAGCUUGCGCCAGUUGCCAGAGCUUCGAUCAUAUGGCUCGUGGGAGAGUUUUCGAACCAGCAAUACCGCGACGACAAAUCAUUAGCUUUAGGCAACUUCUUGCCCGAUCUUAUGCGAAUCCUUGUGCGGGGCUUUAGGGAACAGGAGUACGUGGUGAAAGUGGAGAUCUUAACUGCACUGACAAAAAUGGUGUCCAAAGAAUUGUAUGCCAGCAAGCAGCAAGGAGAAGAGUAUAACUACGAAAGUAUGAUAUGGAAGCUGUUCAACCUCGUAUUGCAGUUUACGAGGUAUGACUCCAGUGUCGAUCUACGGGAUAGGUCAAGGAUGAUUGGAUCAAUUCUUCCCAACCUGGUGUAUCUGGACGAAGACCUCAAUGCAACCACUGCUAUUGAAUUUCAGCAAUACUACGGGCAGAAAGCUUAUAUUCUGGAGAAGUGUGCCGAGAAACUUAAUGAAGUGGAGCUUUCUAUUUUGCUUUUUCAGACUUCAAAACCCACUCCUGUUUCCACUGACUCGUCGACAAACAACAACAGUGUAAGCAAAUACAACCAAGCUACGCCACAGAUGCUGAACCCUGAGCUCCUCGAAUACUACAACGAGCUGCGCGCACAGGAAUUUCAGCUGAAGGACUACAGCCAGCACAAGUCAAUUUCACACGCUGAAAAGCCGCCACUAGUGGUUAACUCUGCCACCACGAUAAAUACCGAACCGCGACAGAGCGCAAGAAAGUACAAGCUGCAGACCCUGGACGAUUUUCUGAAGGAGAAGGGUAAAACGAACGUGUUCGGAGGCGGCGGAGACGAAUCCGGACAGGAAGAAGAGGAAGACGAGGCGGACGAAUCGGCCGACGCUGACGACGAUGCGUACGAUUCCGAAUCUGAAAAAUCGAGCUGA